AUGCAUUUGACUCUUUUGAGAUGUGAACUGCCAUUUAAGAAAUCACUGGUUCAGUCCCGGAAAGCUGGAAUUACCUCAGCAAUGGCCACUAGAACAUCUCUCAAAGAUGAAGAGCUGAAAUCUCAUGUCUAUAAGAAGACCUUGCAAGCCUUAAUUUACCCUCUCUCUUGUACAACCCCACACAACUUUGAAGUGUGGACAGCCACAACUCCUACCUACUGCUAUGAAUGUGAGGGGCUGUUAUGGGGUAUUGCAUGGCAGGGAAUGCGCUGCACUGAAUGUGGAGUCAAAUGCCAUGAGAAGUGCCAAGACUUGCUCAACGCUGACUGCUUACAAAGAGCAGCAGAGAAGAGCUCAAAGCAUGGAGCUGAAGACCGAACCCAGAAUUUUAUCAUGGCCAUGAGGGAUUGCAUGAAAAUCCAUGAGCGAAACAAGCCAGAGAUCUUUGACUUGAUCAGAGAUGUGUUCUGUGAGAGCAAAUUGACACAUGCACAGCAGAUGAAGACGGUGAAGCAGAGCGUUCUUGAUGGCACCUCAAAAUAGUCAGCAAAGAUCACAAUCACAGUGAUGUGUGCUCAGGGUCUGCAAGCCAAAGACAAGACUGGUUCCGGCGAUCCAUAUGUAACUGUUCAAGUUGAUAAAACAAAGAAGAGGACAAAAACAAUUUUUGGGAAUCUGAACCCUGUUUGGGAAGAGAAGUUUUAUUUCGAGUGCCAUAAUUCCUCUGACCGGAUCAAGGUGCGAGUGUGGGAUGAAGAUGACGACAUCAAGUCUCGUGUCAAACAGAGGCUGAAGUGCGAGUCAGAUGACUUCCUGGGACAGACAAUCAUUGAAGUGCGUACACUGAGUGGUGAAAUGGAUGUGUGGUACAACCUUGAGAAAAGAACAGAUAAGUCUGCAGUGUCUGGGGCUAUCUGUCUGCAAAUCAAUGUGGAGAUCAAAGGCGAGGAGAAGGUGGCUCCAUAUCACAUUCAGUACACUUGCCUUCAUGAGAACCUCUUUCACCAUCUCACAGAUGUGCAAGGGAAUGGGGUGGUGAAGAUCCCUGAUGCCAAAGGAGAUGAUGCCUGGAAGGUGUAUUUUGAUGAGACAGCUCAAGAGAUUGUGGAUGAAUUUGCAAUGCGUUACGGCAUUGAAUCAAUAUACCAGGCCAUGACGCAUUUUGCAUGUCUCUCCUCCAAAUACAUGUGCCCGGGUGUGCCAGCUGUGACGAGCACCUUACUUGACAAUAUCAAUGCUUACUAUGCUCACACAACUGCCUCCACAAAUGCAUCUGCUUCGGACCGCUUUGCAGCCUCCAAUUUUGGGAAAGAACGAUUUGUGAAGCUUCUGGACCAGCUUCAUAAUUCACUUCGGAUUGAUCUCUCAAUGUACAGGAAUAACUUCCCAGCCAGCAGUCAUGAACGGCUGCAGGACCUGAAGUCUACAGUGGAUUUGCUGACUAGCAUUACUUUUUUCAGGAUGAAGGUUCAAGAGCUGCAGAGUCCACCUCGAGCCAGCCAGGUAGUGAAGGACUGUGUAAAAACUUGCCUCAACUCCACAUAUGAGUACAUUUUCAACAACUGUCAUGAGCUGUACAGUCGCGAGUACCAGACAGAUCCCAACAAAACUCAGGAUCUUCCUCCUGAGGAACAGGGUUCCAGUAUCAGAAACUUGGAUUUUUGGCCCAAACUCAUCACUUUAAUAGUUUCCAUCAUAGAAGAGGACAAGAAUUCUUAUUCCCCAGUACUGAAUCAGUUUCCUCAGGAGCUUGCUGUUGGUAAGAUCAGUGCGGAGGUGAUGUGGAGUCUUUUUGCCCAGGAUAUGAAAUAUGCCAUGGAAGUUCCGGAUAACAUGAGCUCAUUCACCUCACCAAGUGGUAAGUUUGUGCUUUUUGUUAGAGUAUAUAGUUGUGAGUACGCAAAGACUUUCAGCACCUGUAGUUUUAGCACUUUGGAUGUAGUCUCUAACGUUAGCAUUAGUGUCCUGUCGUUUUAUGCCAGUGAUAAGCAGAUCUGCAAAGAAGACCCAGAAGACUACUACUGUUGCAGAAAUGGAGGGAAAGGAAAAGACUUUUCCUACAAUUCUACUUGCACCACUGAGAAUUCGGUUGUAGAUAAAGCUGAUAUCAAAGUGGCUCCAGUGACCACUGACUUCAUGUCUACUGUUUCUCAGUCUUCACAUUGCCAGUUAGAGUUGGCCAGGAGCAUGAGAAACACAGACUGUAAAAGUGCAGACUAUAUGAAUUUACACUUCAAAGUGAAGUGGCUGUACAACGAAUAUGUUCAUGAUCUGCCUGCCUUCAAGGGAAAAGUGCCUGAAUAUCCAGCACUUAGCGAUGAAAUGACACAUGAGCCCAAGUUGGAUGCAGAAGCAAGUGACCAUCUCAAAGAGCUGCAGGUGAAGUUGAACAAUGUUUUGGAUGAGCUGAGUGCAGUGUUUGGUAACAGCUUUCAAACUCGUAUUGAUAAAUGUGUCAAGCAGAUGUCUGAUAUCAUCUGCCAAGUGAAAGGGACAGGAAAUGUUGCCGAUAAUGCCAGAAACACAGUUGCACAAGAUGCAGAUAAUGUCCUGAGGCCACUGAUGGAUUUCCUGGAUGGAAACCUGACACUGUUUGCAACUGUGUGUGAAAAGACAGUGUUGAAACGGGUGCUGAAAGAGCACUGGAGGGUGGUAAUGAAUACCAUGGAGAAGCUUAUUGUGCUGCCUCCUCUUACAGACCAUACGGGCACACAGUUGAUUUUCAGUGCUGCUAAGGAACUGGGACACUUGUCAAAGUUGAAGGAUCAUAUGGUGAGAGAAGAAACUAGAAGUCUCACUCCAAAGCAGUGUGCUGUUUUGGAUCUAGCACUGGAUACUAUCAAACAAUAUUUCCAUGCUGGUGGGAAUGGUCUGAAAAAAACUGUCUUGGAGAAGAGUCCGGACCUGCAAUCACUUCGCUAUGCUCUCUCUCUCUACACUCAGACCACAGACACUCUCAUUAAAACCUUUGUCCAGACUCAGACAGCUCAGUCUCCGAACGAAGACUCAGGAGUGAGUCAGUAUAGGCCGGUUAUCCGUUCGGUUGGGGUUGGGAAGCCCAGAGUGUGCCUGUGUGAGACGUCCAAUCGAGGACGAAGCGAGUGCGGACUCCCUGGUAGUGCGGUUCCCACCUCCCGCGAGGGACUGGGCCACGAACGGGAGGUGAAGACCGUGUGUGUGUGUGAAGGCACUCUGGAAGAUGGGACAGAAGAAGAGCAAGUCUUCUGGUCCCAUGGGUGGGUCGGAACCCAAGGCUAG